UCUCACAGGUUCUUCCUGCUCCCACAGUCACUGCUGCUGCUUCUUCAGCCUUGCCGCGUGCACCAUGCAGCCUCCUCGCCUCCUCCUCUUCCUCUUCCUUGUAAUCCUCCUCCCUGGGAUGUGGGCAGAUCCAGAGGCAGAGCCACAGGUUAUCCAGUACCUCCUGACUAGCCUCUUUGCCAACAUCAGCUCUGCUGAGGUGUCAUGUGUGGCACUAGUAGGGGACAUAGCUAUCUUAACGCUGGAUCCAGCCAACUGGAGCAUCCACUUCUACUGGCCCUGGGUCAGCCAGGCUGCAGCUGAAGGCGACGGGGAAAAGAUAAUGUCCCAGUACAAAAUUGUUCUGCGCAAUAUGAUCCGAUUUGUGCACGACACAGUUCAGCAGACAAAACAGCAUUACCCAUUGGUGGUUCAGAUCCGUGCAGGCUGUGUGCUGUACCCCAAUACAACAAGCCAGGGCUUCCUCAAUAUUGGCUGGGAUGGCAGAGACCUCGUAGCUUUUGAGGUAGAUAAACAGGGCUGGGAGGCCCGACAGCCAUUCCAGGUGGCAGAGCUGGUCAGCAAGAGCCUCAACAGACAGAAGUCUCUCAGAAUACUCCUGGAGUACCUUCUCUCUAUCUGGGUAUGCCAGAGCAACUUCCUCACCCUGAAGAGGUAUGGGAAGGAAAUUCUAGAGAGACAAGAGCUGCCUGUGGCCACGGUCUUCGCCCGCACCCCCAGCCUAGACCAGCUGCUGCUUGUUUGCCAUGUCACUGGCUUCUAUCCCCGUCCCAUCAGCGUGGCCUGGCUGCGGGAUGGCCAGGAGGUGCCUCCAGGCCCAGCGCUCAACACCAGCACCAUCCUGCCCAACGCUGACCUUACGUACCAGCUCCGCAGCAUCCUGGCCGUGGCUCCCCGUGAUGGGCACAGCUAUGUCUGCCGUGUGCGCCACCACAGCCUGGGCACCCGCAGCCUUCUCAUCCCAUGGGAAAACCGCAGCACAGCUCCAACCAUCAGCAUCACUGUUGCAGUGCUGCUUCUUGUGGCCACAGCCUUUGCUGGGGGAUUUUGGUGGUGGAAGCGCAGGAAAGGUAACGAGGCUACAUGGGAGACCCAGGAAUUCAUCAUUUGAGGUCUGGUUGCCCACACAGCAACAGCUGCUUGCUCUCCAUUCUUAGUUCAUGUCCCACCCCUGACCCAUCAGCACCGACAUGGUUUUGUUCUGGAAAACCACUGCAUUAAACAGCUACAAAAUUCCUCUGAUA